AUGUCGAUAAAUAUGAAAACGUUUACUCAAGCUCUAGCUAGAACCGCUGCUGUGAUUGAGAAGACGGUUCAUACCACAGUUCAGGAAGUUACGGGACCUAAGGCUCUUCAGGAUUACGAGCUACUCGAUCAGAUCGGUUCCGCUGGUCCUGGUCUAGCUUGGAAGCUAUACGCAGCUAAGGCGCGUGACUCCACGCGGCCACAGCAAUACCCGACGGUCUGUGUCUGGAUGCUUGAUAAGCGUGCUUUGUCUGAGGCUCGUGUACGAGCGGGGUUGUCUAAGGGAGCUGAAGAUGCGUUUCUUGAUCUGAUUCGAGCUGAUGCGGGGAAGCUGGUGAGGUUGAGACAUCCUGGUGUGGUUCAUGUGGUGCAAGCACUUGAUGAGAAUAAGAAUGCUAUGGCUUUAGUUACGGAGCCGCUUUUUGCUUCUGUGGCUAAUGCGCUUGGGAAUGUUGAGAAUGUGGCUAAUGUGCCAAAAGAUCUGAAAUCAAUGGAGAUGAGCUUGUUGGAGGUGAAGCAUGGUCUGCUCCAGAUUUCUGAGACACUGAACUUUUUACACAAUAACGCAAGUCUUAUCCAUCGAGCCAUAUCUCCAGAGAAUGUUCUUAUUACUUCAGCUGGUUCUUGGAAGCUUGCCGGAUUUGGUUUUGCUAUUUCGACAGCACAGGCUGGGAAUUUGGAUAACGUGCAAGCAUUCCACUAUUCUGAAUAUGACGUCGAGGAUUCGAUACUGCCAGUCCAGCCAUCCUUAAAUUACACUGCACCUGAACUGAUGCGCAGCAAAAGUCCUUCAGCUGGAGCUUCGUCGGACAUUUUUAGUUUUGGAUGCCUUGCCUAUCAUCUAGUUGCUCGGAAACCGUUGUUAGACUGCAAUAAUAAUGUCAAGAUGUACAUGAACACGUUGAACUAUAUAACAAAUGAAUCUUUCUCAUCUAUACCCUCGGACUUGGUAUCUGAUUUGCAAAGGAUGCUAUCAAUGAACGAGUCUUUUAGACCAACAGCAUUAGAUUUCACAGGAUCGAAUUUUUUCCGAAGUGACGCUAGGUUACGUGCUCUCCGCUUCCUUGAUCAUAUGCUUGAAAGAGAUAAUAUGCAGAAGUCCGAGUUCUUAAAAGCAUUAUCAGAUAUGUGGAAAGAUUUUGAUUCCCGUGUAUUACGGUAUAAGGUGCUUCCACCUCUUUGUGCGGAACUUAGGAAUUUAGUUUUGCAACCAAUGAUCUUGCCAAUGGUUCUAACUAUAGCACAGUCCCAGGAUAGAACUGAUUUUGAACUGAUAACACUUCCGGCUCUUGUUCCUGUUCUGAGUACUGCUUCAGGAGAUACAUUACUGCUGCUUGUAAAGCAUGCCGAGCUUAUUACUAACAAGACUGAUAGCGAGCAUCUUGUAUCGCACGUCCUCCCUUUGCUUCUGCGGGCCUACAAUGAUAACGAUGUCCGCAUUCAGGAGGAAGUUCUCAAAAGAUCCACAUCUGUUGCUAAGCAACUCGAUGGUCAGGUUGUCAGGCAAGCAAUUUUGCCUCGUGUUCAUGGCUUGGCUCUCAAAACUACAGUUGCUGCGGUCAGAGUAAAUGCUUUGCUCUGCUUAGCAGAGUUGGUGCAAACGCUUGAUAAGCCUGCUGCUAUCGAAAUUCUGCAAACAAUUCAACGGUGUACUGCCGUAGAUCGUUCUGCACCCACCCUAAUGUGUACCCUUGCUGUGGCAAACGCGAUCCUCAAACAGUAUGGAGUUGAAUUCACAGCAGAACAUGUGCUUACCCUGAUGAUGCCGCUGCUCACUGCCCAACAACUGAACGUCCAGCAGUUUGCCAAAUAUAUGUUAUUUGUCAAGGAUAUUCUCAGGAAAAUAGAGGAAAAAAGAGGAGUUACAGUGAACGAUUCCGGAGUCCCAGACGUGAAACCGCAUUCUGUUGCCAAUGGACUCCAGUUUCAAUCAUCGACCCAAACACCUGAGAAGGUUGCUUCUGCAGCCAAGAGCAGUCCUGCAUGGGAUGAAGAUUGGGGUUCCCCGAGCAAAGAUUCUGCUGUAGGAAAUCCUGCUUCUUCUCAUCAUAACACACACCAUCAAUUUAACAAUUCCACUGAUCAGUCACAGCCAUCGAUCAUGUCUACUCUGCCCAACAAGACAACAGCGCCAACCACAUGCCCUGCAGUGGACAUCGAGUGGCCUCCAAGGCAAUCCUCAAGCCUUACUGCUCCAGCAACUGAUAAUCAGACACAACUAAACACGGGAACAUCAUUUACUCCGGGUUUCGAUGAAUUAGAUCCGUUUGCUAAUUGGCCUCCACGUCCCAACAAUGGUGCUGCAUCGAGUUUUAGCAACAAUUUACCAGGCGGCACCCAUUUUCAGACAGCUAACAAUGACAACUGGGCAUUCAGCAACAAUGCCGCCUUGUGUUCGCUAAAACCACCCCAGCAAGGGAAUCCAGGUAUCUCUGCAAAUAAUCAAGAUCCAAUAAACUCUUUCGGAGUACCAAAACAGAGCCAAGGAAUGCCAUCUUUCAGCAGUGGUUCAUACAAUAACCAGAAGCCAGCAGACAUCAGUUCCAUAUUCGGUUCAAGCAAAACCGAGCAGUCCGCAAUGAAACUUGCACCACCACCUUCAAUAGCAAUGGGAAGAGGAAGGGGGAGAGGUAGAGGUGGUACUGGCACAUCUACCUCAAAGCCCAAUGGUCCACAACCAUCUCUAUUGGAUCUAUUAUGACCACAGUUCUCGGUGUUGGACCUGUUGGUGUUUGGUCGUUUGAUGAAGAGAAGCAUAUACACAUAUGAAGAUUGCGUUCUGUGCUUUGUGAUGCAGAGAAAACUGUUCAGAAAAAUGGAGAUGUUAUGUAAACAUCUUCUGGGAUUAGCUUUCUUCCACCAUAUAACUUUACUACAGCUUCAGGUUGUUUUAUGUCUUCCACAAAUUGUGUAAAUUUUCUUACUUGCUCUCACCAUUGCUUCAUUCGUCAUGCAUUAUAUUUUCAUGUAUAAGUUUUUUUUUUUUUUUUU